AUGCGCUUCUUCGAGAUCGCCACAGUGGCCAUGACCGCUGCCUCUACGGCGUACGGUGCACCUAUGGAAAAGCGCGCUGCAGCUGUCGAUGAGCUUGUUGGAUUCGCCCAAGGCACCACCGGAGGAGGCAGCGGGGCUGGAACCACUGUCGCCUCCUGUGCUGAGCUCACAGCGGCAGCUAAGGCCGGCGGUGUGAUCAAGAUCAAGGGCAUGCUCACUGGAUGUGGCAUCAUCCGUGUCGGUACUGCAGGCACUUCCAUUCUCGGUGUUGGCAAGGACGCCGGCCUGACAGACAGUGGCCUCCAGGUCUUCAAGACGUCCAACAUCAUCAUCAGAAACCUCAAACUCUACCGUGCGCCAAAGGGAAAGGAUCUCAUCGACAUCGAGGCCUCGACCAAUAUCUGGGUUGAUCACAACGACUUCUCUAGCGUGGGUGUGACAGGCGACAAGGAUACAUACGAUGGCCUGCUUGACGCCAAGUCUGGAUCCGAUAUGCUUACCUUCUCCUGGAACAAGUUCCACGACCACUGGAAGGGCUCGCUUGUCGGUCACUCUGACAACAAUGCCUCCAAGGACAAGGGCAAACUCCACGUGACCUACCAUCACAACUCUUUCACCGGCAUCAACUCGCGUCUGCCCUCGAUCCGCUUUGGUACCGGCCACAUCUACAGCUCUUGCUACUCAGGUGGUAUCUCUGGUGUCAACUCGCGCAUGGGCGCUCAAGUCUUGGUUGAAGCCAACUCCUUCACCAACGUCGACAAGGCUGUUGUCACCAACUUGGACUCUGACGAGGAGGGCUUUGCGGUUGAGAAGGAUAACAUCUUCACCAACAGUCCUACUCAAAUCACGCAGAAGGGCUCAUUCGCGCCCAGCUACAAGUACACUGUGGACCCAGCGGCCAGUGUUUGCGCUAUUGUGCAGAAGAGCGCCGGUGUGGGUGUUGUCACCUUCUAG